AUGCUGCGGGCAGUGCUCGCUCCCGGCUUGGCCUUGAGCCACAGUUGGCCGAGCUGUCCUGCCGGCUCCGGGCUAAUGCCAGGCACCAGCACCUGUGCUCCCUGCCCUGCUGGUACAUGGAGUCCUCCGAGCAGUGUCAACUGCAGCAAAUGCAAGCCAGGGCGAUGGAGUGCCCAGGAGGGUGCAGGGGAAGAAGAUGUGUGCGAGCCGUGUGCAAGAGGCAAGUGGAGCAGCCAGUAUGGUGCUGUCCUUGAGGCUGCUUGUCAAGACUGUCCGCACGGGCGUUGGAGUGGUGUGCUGGCAGCGAGUUCCUUCUCAGACUGCCAGCUUUGCCCUGCUGGAAGGUGGAGCCAUACAUGGGGAAGCACGAACAGCUCCGUCUGUGCCCUUUGUCCGGCAGGAACGUACGGGCCACACCGGGGACAAUUUCAACAGAAUGCUUGCCACGGCUGUCCGGCUGGCAGGUGGAGAUCAGAACCAGGUGGGUCUUCAGUUGAGAACUGCAGCCGCUGUCCAGCGGGUACAUGGAGCAAUGUCUUUGGAGCAAGCGACAUCGGAUCCUGCACAUCCUGUCCAGCUGGCCGCUGGAGUGAUACAGAAGGUGCUGACAGUCACACUUUCUGCAGAUAUUGUGUGCAGGGUCGCUACAGCGACCAGGAAGGAGCUUCUGCGCCCUGCACUUCAUGCCCGUUGGGACGCUGGUGGGACGGCCCGCUGGGAGCCAACAGCAGUAAUGCCUGUAAGUUUUGCUCGCUCGGGCGCUUCCAGCCAGCACAUGCGCAGGUUGGCAUCUCCAGCUGCUUGCCUUGCGCCGUGGGGAACUACUCCGAUGAACUCGGGGCUUCCGCUUGUCGCUAUUGCAGCCCUGGGUACUUCAGUUCCUCCGUCGGCAGCUCUACUUGUCAGCUCUGCGAGGCUGGAACCUGGAGUCGUCAGCCGGGCACUGUGGGCAAAGCCAUGUGUGUGGCUUGUGGCGAUGAUUGCAGUGCAGGUGCCUCUGUAUCUAUUUCGUGGCGGGUCGUCAAUCUGGACUGCGCUGCCCUUGACCAGAAGCAGCGAGAAGAUCUUUCAGCAGCUUACGCUGCGGAUCUCGCGUCCACCUUUGGCGGUGUCUCUCCUCGGUACUUUCGAAAUCUCGAUGGCGACGAAGCCGAGGUCAGCCUGAUGCCUUCGGGCCAAGUCCUUAGAUCCUCGGAUCAUCAUCAGGAUCAUUCUAGCGAGGUGCACUGGGCAGAUCCAUAG